CUUUGCCUUUCCUCAGCAUCCCCCCUCUCAGAGAUGGCGUGUGUCGGUGCUGCUCGGGCGUCUGGGGCCUAACACGCACGCACAGUGGACCCCCUUCCCCCGAUUUACUGCAUAUUCCUCGGGUGUCUCUUCUCAAUCUGUCCUCCACCACUGCUGCUGCCUUUCAGCUCUCUGCCCCCACCCCACCUCCCUGUGCGGGUGUCUGGGAGUUGGGCCCUUGGGGGUGGAGGGAAUCAACAUCGUGCUUCGCUGGGGGAGCUGUGCAGAAUUAGCUAUGCCCUGCCCAGGCAUCCUUUGACCGGCCGGAUAUCUCCAUAUCUGUUCACCAGCACACCGGAGGGCAACGUAGGAUGAAAAUCUGCAGUCAUGAUGCAAGGACUGAAAAACCGAACCAGGAAAGCCCUGGGUUUACGAAAGAAAGACAAAGAUACAGACACAACGAGCUCACCUGACAAAGAGGGAACUGGCAGUGGAAAGAAAGGAAAUAAAAAGGCCAAUGGGGCGCCCAAUGGUUUCUACGGGGAGAUUGACUGGGACAGAUAUGCCUCUCCUGACGUGGAUGAAGAGGGGUUCAGCCUCCGGCCCGGUGACGAGGCCGACACAGCUUCCAAAGGAAAGCACUUUUUCUCCUCCAGCGACUCAGAAGACGACGAGGACAGCAAGAGAAAGUUCAAAAUUAAGAUCAAGCCGCUGGUGUCGGACAGUGCCAAGUGUGUCCCUCCAUCUAUGGACGAGCUAAAAGCCUCAGUGGGAGGCCUGGCACUCUCUCCCUCCCUGAAGAGAAGUCCGAGACGCAGCCCGGGACAGAUAAAAAGAAAUUUGUCAUGUGAGGAGAUUGCCAGACCCAGACGCUCCACCCCUACUCCAAGUCCUGCCCCUGAGAUGCCAAGUGACAGGCUAUCACAGAACGUUCCUGCCUUCUUCGGGCUGCCUUCAGAGACCAAAUAUGCCAGAUAUGAUGUGGUUCCUACUGAUGUAUGGGGAGACUCAAGACCACGGUCAGAAUCACCGCUGAGCAGAAGUUUCCCAACAGGAGCUCCUCCUCCGCUUCCUCCAAAAAACAUUCCAGCAAGAAGUCAUUACGGCUAUCCUUCAGACUCCGCUGUUGAUCUACCCAAUGGAAGAGCAGCUCGCAGUUCUGCCCCCAUCUACCUGAACGUCCUGUCCCCCGCCUCUUACCGAGGCUCCCCGGGCCCUGACCUGGACGACGUGUUCGGCCCAGUUGACAGCCCCCACACGAGUGAGGACACGGUGUCACCCAGAUGGGUUACUUUCACUGAAGACAGACCACCGCCACCCGACGAACCUGCCCCCCCUCCGCCACCGGACUCUCCUCCCCCAGACACGCCCUCAUCCACCCCCUCCACCCCCUGCCUCUCCCCGGGACCACCGCCGAAUGAGCCUCCACCUUCGCCCCCACCGUUUUCUCCCGGGUCUCCUCCUCCUCCUUUCACGCCACCAGACUCGCCCCCCUCCAUUGUGCUCGGACCUCCCCCUCCUGACGAGCCUGCCCCUCCCCUGCCUCCUGACUUCUCUCCCUCUAAUUCGCCCCCACUCUGCCUCGACGAGGACGCGAUUGAUGAAGAGGUCCUGCAGUUUGCGGAGUACUCUUCCUCCCCUGCACCCAUCAGCCCUGUGCCCCCUUUGCCAGCGGAACGGAGGUCUCCUCGCCCAGGAGUCACUUCUCCCCUGGUCCUGGGGGGUGCAGGAGGAAAGAGGACUCCAGAGGGUGCAUACUUGAGAGAUGAUAUCCCAGACUUCGUGGGCUCGCCCAGAGAGCUGACACCAAGCUUCAGGGGCACGCCACCUCCUCUCCCUCCAACCACCUACAGGUCUAUUAUGUCUUCCCCGGGGCCCUACUCAGGCAGCAGCCCCUCGUCUCCAGCUCGUCCUGCCACGCCUCAGUCUCGAGGCAGCCCGGUCCCUCCGCUUCCUCCUCCUCGGCCGUCCUCACGACCAAAGCUGCCCCCGGGGAAACCAAUCACAGACCUGACUCGACCUUUCAGCCCCCCGGUUUCAGGCAGCCCCCCACCUUUCGCCCCUUUGGCCCGGGCAGAGAGCUCUUCCUCCAUCUCCUCCAUUACCUCACAGAGUGCAGCGUCCACUCCAACCUUAGGGAGGGACCUUAACAUGUCCACUGCAGGAUGCUCCAGAGGACCCAGUCCACUCACCAUGGGUCCCCAGGACACUCUGCCAGUGGCAGCUGCCUUCACAGAAACCAUCAAUGCCUACUUUAAAGGCGCUGAUCCCAGCAAAUGUGUUGUGAAGAUCACAGGGGAGAUGGUGCUGUCCUUCCCUGCUGGCAUAACCAGGCAUUUUGCCAGUCACCCAACUCAACCCAUCCUUACCUUUAGCAUCAGCAACUUCAACCGGCUAGAGCAGGUCCUCCCCAAUCCACAGCUGCUGUGCUGUGAUUCCACAAAAGACAGUGUAGACACCAAGGAGUUCUGGGUGAAUAUGCCAAACUUGAUGAGCCACCUGAGGAAAGUGGCUGAACAGAAGCCUCAGGCAACUUACUACAAUGUGGAUAUGAUCAAAUAUCAGGUGUCGGCAGACGGGAUCCAGUCCACUCCUCUGAACCUGGCAGUGAGCUGGCGAGGUGAUGCCACCAACACUGACCUUAGAAUAGACUAUAAAUACAACACUGAGGCAAUGGCUGCCCCUGUACCACUACACAACAUUCACUUCCUGGUACCUGUGGAUGGAGGCAUAGCCAAACUCCAGGCCAUGAUCCCACCUGCCACCUGGAAUCCAGAGCAGCAGACGAUACAAUGGAAGAUUCCCAGCCUCUCUCAUAGAUCCGAAAAUGGAGGAGUAGGGGCUCUCCUGGGCCGGUUCCAGAUGACAGAAGGUCCCUGUAAACCCUCCCAGCUGUCAGUACAGUUUACCAGCGAGGGAAGCACCCUGUCAGGGUGUGACAUCCAGCUGGUUGGCACUGGUUACCGACUAUCGUUGGUCAAGAAGAGAUUUGCUGCAGGGAAAUAUUUGGCGGAUAAUUAGUGGACCUGUUUGUGAAGGGAACACAGAGAAUCAAUGGCUUUUGACUGUGAAGACAAUGGAUCCAUCCCAUGUUUAGUGCAUUUGAAACUUUAUCUUUAGCAUCCAUUAGAAUUAAUGGUUGAGAUUAAACUGAAUAAGAGACCAUUACACACACAGAGAUGAUAUUUGACUUCAUAACAUCAUAUUCAGUAGACUGACUGCUGCUGAGUUUAUGCAAGUAAAAACAAAUCAUUAGUUUUGUGCACUUGGAAAACCUAUGGGCUUACAUGGAGUAAAAUAUAGGGAAACCCUGAUUCUUUGUUCUUGUUAACAUAAUUGUGGAUUCAUGCAGUGAUCCAGCCUUAUUCAUUUCAGUUUCUUUCAUCUAACUGGUUGUCAUUGCAAAUGCACUGUAAAAGAUAAUGUGAAUAGAUUAUAUAAUAUUAAAACAAUCUUAAACAAGGUGGAAAAGAAUGGAAAAUGUAGAAAAAAAAACAAAAAAAAAUGUGUAGUGUAGGAUUGCUUUGCAGUUGUAUUCCAAUAAGUUAUAGGUUACAUGGUAAUAUCUGAUUUACACUGCCACCUCAAAUCAGAUUUUUUUUUUCCACCAUGUGUGAUGUGACCAAUCUUUAUUGUCGUCUGAGCAGAAUUUCUUUUCUGUUUAGACGAGCCUUGGACAUGUCACAGCCCAUUCUAUCAGUCUUGUGAUUAAAGGUGAUUGGUCAGUUCACAGUUCAAAAUGACCUGCAGCGCUGGACUAACAUCAGCACAUUUAAUCUGAAGGUGCUUUUUUAAAUGGAAUUAUAUUUGUGUCUCAAUCCUCAAUUGCAUGAUGGGACAUUUUGAGCACAGGAAAAUAUUGUUUGCCUGCACAUAAAUCAUAUUUUGUAAAGAUAAUGUCAUCAGGGAAAGAUGAUUUCAUUUGAACUAACAAAACUAUUGUGCUCAGUAAAGUUGCUCGUUUGCUGUUAUAUCAAUAACAACCUUUUCCCCUUUUGCCUUAUCUCAAAUUUAAUUUGAAAAACUUUAUAGUCAAUAUGUUAAAUAUAAUGGCUCAAAUAUUUUUGUUUUAUGUGAAGACUUAAUUUCCCUGAGGGAGUCAUCCCAAAGGGAUCAAUAAAGCCUAGUCUAAGUCAUCUAAAAGAUUUUCUCAUGGUGAUGAAGCCACAGAGAAUCAUGAAUACCAGAGUUUAGCUAAAUGUAGUCAGUGAAUAUAGUGGAACAUUUAGUUAGAGGAGACCAAAAACAGAGCUAAAAGGGAGUCAGUAAUGGAAAUACAUUAAUUAGGUGCCCAGAAACACAGCUCCAAAUGAAUUCUAAUGUUGCUGUACAUCUGUUGGAAACAGUUUUCUUACAAGUUGACCAUAUCAACUUAACUUAGCUUAGUUAGCUAUUAUUUAUCAAGCAGAAGUUAGCUCGUUACCUGCCAAGAUAGCUAGUCUGCAAGCUAACAAAGUAGAGACUAACUUUCAAACAGAAUUUCAAAAAUGCUCAUAAAAUCAGGCAAGCAACCAAAACUUUCUGAAAUACUGAUGUCUGCCUACCAGCAGCUGGAUUUGAGACAAAACAAAAUCUAAAACUUCUGAUUAGUGGAAACCAUGGCAGAGGUUAUUAUUGUGCAUUUGUGAUUAAACCACUUACAAACAAACAAAUACAUUUAUUGAGUACAAAACACAUUUUAUUUUGCUCUUUGUGUGAUAAUUUCUCUAUAAAAUACAGUUUAUGCACUUGAAAACAUCAUAUUAUCUGUGCCGAGGAUUGAAGUACACUUGUAAUGUCCAUACUUUCACACAUGCAGCCUUUAACACUACUACUGAUGGCACUUUGCCAUUAACGGGUCAUGUGAACAGCGAGCCGAUAGCUGCAGGAAAUCAGUCAUAACAGUUUGACCUGCUGAAGAACAAAAGCAUUACACUAUGGGCAAGUGCAAAGCUGAGAUACAUCACAUUUCUCCCAUCACAGGAUUUUAGUGGUAACUUGUGGUGAUGUGUGUGAGAUUUUGUGACAGUAAGGCGAUAGUUGUGUGAAUAAUGGAAGCUGCUAGUUUCACUGGAACAGUUUGAGUAAAUUAUUCUGAUAAUGUUACAGAAUUUAUGUUUGAAAGGGCCUUAAGAUGUUAGAUAGAUACAGAUCCAGAUGUGAGUGCCAUACAGUGGUGAGAAGGAGCUUUAAGUUUCAGGAGAAAUAACAGAGGGACCUGGGUUGAGGAUUGUAGGAGUUUGCCUUCGAUGCUGCUUAAAAACUUGGCCAGUUUCUUUGACAGUGAUCUUUGAUAGAGGUCUUGACACGGACAUCUCAGAGUAAUGACAAGUCUAUAGAGAAGACAGCACUAUUCAUGUCCCUGUUUUAUUUUCUUCCUUUUCCACCAUGUUGAAUAAAUGUUUUAUCAUUUUCUAAUAGCAAUAUUUAAGAACUUAAGUGUAAAAAGUGUACAUAAAAGCUAUGUUUCCAAUAUUUCUCUGGGCAUAUGGAUGUGUCUGUGAUUGUCUCUUGGUUAAUUGAUGUCAGCACUCAUAAUGCAUUAGGUUCUAUGUAACAACACCACCACCACUCUCUUCAUCUAUUGUUUUACAUGUGGGUUUCUUGUACAAAAAAAGUGUUACUGUUGAUGAAUAACUCCAAAUGGUGCCGCAUGAAAUCUGCAUUUGUCCAUCACCAGUCUUAUCAAUGCAAUACCAGUUUAUCCAUUUCAGUAAGGUCAUGAUAUGUGUGUUAUUGUGUAAUUGUGCAAUGAGAGGAGACUUUUUGCCUUCACUUAAACCUCCACUCUCGGUUUUGCUGUUGAUGCACCUUCAAAAGCUCAUUGUCAAUAAAUUUGGCAUGUGUUCAUUAAGAUAACCCAUUCCAUGCAUCUGAUAUAGGUGUUUGACAUUCUCCUGUGUUUGACUUGCACACAAAACACACCUUAAAUUUUCAUUCAUAAAACAAUUCAUGGCUUCAUGUCACAAAUCACACAUGUUGAUACGUGUUUGAACAUCACAUUUUAUAGAAUGUUUUAAUGUGUUGACUCAGUUUGGGCCUGGAUGUAAUAUUUAAUUUAGUUCUUAGUAAAAGGGGGAAAAAAACACACACACAUGGUUCUUUGAGUUAAUUGAGAGCAACAGUUCACAGUGUUUCUGUUAACAAUGCUUAUGUUUUUCUUUGCCUUAUUUUUGAGCACACACUUAAUCCUCCGUUAUCAGAGGAUUUCUGUAAGUUUAUUUUUUCUACUACUUUUGGCUGUUUUCCUUUCACUGCGUUAGACACAGAAUAUGCAAACAUUUCAUGUAAAUUUCCCAUCCAAAGAUUUUGAAAGUAAAUAUAUGAAAAAAUCAAUAUAAUGUAAUACCUGUUUUACUUGGUAAUAAAGAAGAUGGAAGAUUUA